CAUUCAUCAUGGGCCAUGCCAACUUCCUCAGAGCUCCCGAGUCCACCAACACCACCAGCCAUGGCGAUCACCACCACCUCCGCGCCGGGCCUCGCCGUUGCCGCCACCGAUCCCAUCCGCUCCUUCCUCUCCUCUGCCGCCGCGUCUGGAGACCUCACUCCCGAUCUCCGGGACCUCGCCUCCGCCCUCUCCUUGGACCCCGCCGUCCCGUACCGCUCCCUGCGCGCCAUCUGGUGCGCCGCCUCCCCCGACGCCCGCCCGCCGCUCCGCCAGCUCCUUCGGGGCGCACACCUCGUCCUGCCCAGCCCCAAGCCUCGCGAAAAGAGCGAUGACCUCAAGGCGAGGCUGGAGAAGCUCCGGGAGCUGCAGGAGAGGAGGGAGUACGCCGAGCUCGUCAGGGACGUCGCGCCGCCCAGCAAGGACGACAGCCCCGAGCCCUUCUCCUCCUACAAGGAUCAGAUCGGAUUCGGUCUGCAUGUUGUGGUUAUAAUGUUCACAGGUUAUUUGGUUGGAUUUGCUGCGUUCAGAGCUCUGUUCAACAAUAGUCCUGUACUGAAUGCUGCUGGAGGUAUCUUAGGAUUAGUCGGUGGCAUGCUGGUGGAAACCGUUCUUUUCAUCAUUAGAUCAUCCAGCAAAGAAUUGGCGUCUUCUGUUCCAAGAUCAAAGAAAGUUCAGUAAGCACUUGAAGUGCUUUCAUGAGUCGGUGGACUGGUGGGAUUGGAAUGAUGAGAGGCCAGCUCUACUUCAUAGUCCUGCAAGAAGACCGAGAAGAGAGAACGACGUUGACCUGAUAUUGCAUUGUACUCGUUAACAUAAUAAUGUACACUGCUUGACAGUAUGAGAGAAAUUGCAGCAUCAUUUACAAUGUUUACAGUGCUAUGAUUCUUGGCUAA